GGCGAAUGUGACCUGGAGAAAGUGGCAGCCAAACUAGACUUGUAUAACUCAGCAUGUCCACACACUACGCAGAUAGCGAACUACUGGCUGUGUCGCGCCAAGAUUGCACAGAAAGAAAACGACUUUGAUCGUGUGGUUUGCCUGUACGAACAAGCCUUUGUUUUCAAAGCCCAGGUAUUUUACUUCACUAUAUCCUUACUUUUUCCCCCUCCUUCCUCGUAUUCCGUUAUAAAUCAGCCAAAAGCCGAACGCAUUCGUCUCCUUCAACGUAAUAAACAAAACAGCGCUCGUUCAUCGUAAUCCAUUAAACCAUCCAUAACAGUCGCGUUCGUCUCAGUAUCGGCUGUAACAACAAAAAUCCCUGGCAUUCAUCUCUAUCCACAAAACCAACCAAAUAAGCCCGUGUUUACUUCCGUUUCCUUAGGCUCGAUUUCCGCCGUCUCCUGGGUCCGGUCUUUGAUCCUCCCCGAAGAGAGGGGAUGAGUGCUGGCUCAUUUUCCCGAACAGCGGCUGGUAAUCGAGCCUACCGUUUCCUAAACCAAUGAAAUUCCUUUAGAUCAUUUUGAUUUGUUCACGCGUUACUAUUUUGAUGAGUUGUAAUCAGGCUGAUGUGCUCCUCUGCAAGUACAACACUUGUAAAUACCAUGACUCAGUUUACAAAGAGUUAUUUUUCUUUCAUUGUGUUUUUCAAGCAUCGAAAAGGAGAGUUCCCGCAAAAAAUAAUCCAUGGGCCACAGGGCUUCGACCAAUUUACGUUUGCAAAUUUGUUUUAAUUCCACUGUACACAAUGCUCAGUUUUCAGUCUUUGAAAAGGGAGCUUAAGCAAUCACAAAAAUGACUGCAAUGAAUAAGGCACUACAAAAUUGAUUUGCGUUCUUUCAGAUUUCACUUUUCCGAUUAUGCCGCCCUGAUUUCCUUUAAGUCGAAUUGUCAGGAACUGCAUCCUUAUUCAAUGCUCAGCGAAAGGAAAGGCUGGGUCCUGCGAAUGUCUAUCGCUCUCGCGAUUCAUUCCGCGUGCCGCUCGCGCGUGACCUCUCACGAUAUUCACCAAAUAGAGUGCUUGCUCGCAGACUAAUGAGUGGACACUUACGGAGAAGAAUCCACCUUACGGAAAGUUAAGUUAAAGACAGACAAAUAAGAUGCAGACACGAUUAACCAGUCACCUAUUUCCGCCUAGGUCAGAGGAAGGUGUUUGACUUACCGGGCUUUUGAGAGAGUUAUUUGUAAUUUAACUGUCUUUUUUGUAGCCGGAAUCCUUGAUCAGGGAUGCCGUGUGCUCGUUCGUAAAGUUCAUGAAGGAACAUGGUAGUCAAGGUAGUAAUUCAAUUUAAAUUAGAAGAUGUUUUCGUAUGUAUUCAGUAUUGAAUGGGUUGUGUGUUCUACAAUUAUUACUCUUCUAUAUUGUAUUCCCAGAGGAGACAAUAGAUGAGAUUUGCGGGUUACCAGCAUCAUCACCAACUGAGUCUAAGACUGACGAUAAGGACGCUUCUUUAGAGGAACUGAAUUCCUCUAUUAUCAAGUUCUGCCUCGCGGAAGCCACGCCUUACAGAAAGAGGUAAAUGAUACUGAGUUAGACUGCGAGCAGCUAUCCUUUUUUCCUCAUAACCACGCGCGGCGAGCUAGAAAUUAAAGUAAAAUUUAUGCAAAUCUGAAUGGUAAGGAGGAGAAAUGCGUCCUCUUUCCUUGCGGCUUCGCUUCUUGCCCCUUACGCAUGCUUUUGAUCUACUACGAGCCAAAAGAAAAAUAAGAGACUGCUCGCAGUCUAAUACCGACUCAGUGAGCAUUAUUAAAAUUGUGCUAAAAGCAAGACGUCAGAUGCACAGCAGGUUAAAGAAAAAAGGUAAAUGAUUGGAAUUUGUCUCAGACGUACCCCUCUUUUGGCUUGUUCAGAUGAGAGAACGUUUUUAAAGUUUGUUUUUGCUCCCGGCUUGCUGAUAAUUUAAUUCAAACUAUUAUUCUGCAAAUAACCCAUAAACUCCACAGUUAAUUGUCUGUUUCAUCAAUUGUUUUACAUUGCAACGCCGGCCGCACAACAUUGUAUAUGUACUUUUCCCAUUCGUUCCUCGCCGUGAUCCACCAUCUCGAUUACCCCCGGCUUGCUCCCGUCAGGCAUCGUACUUUAGUCGAUGGAGCAACUGUAGAUGUAAUCCGGAGGUCACGUGGGUUGAAUCCCACCGAGUUUAACAGAUUUUUCCCUGUCGUGUGUAGUCUCCUUAUUCCCUUUACUAGGGCUAACCCUCAGACUGUGGGAUGAAUGGGUUAUUUGUAACUCUUGAAUUUUCACGAUCCAGAGUUAUUUUUCCGUUCCAUCAUUUAGUUAUAACUCAAUUAGGUUUUAUGGAGGUAAUUGUGUUAAAAUAUUCAGAUUGAUUUUUCUUAUGCGUUUCCGUAAAAAAUUUUAGUUGUGUAUGAAGCAAUAAAUUAAUCAACGUUAUCCACAGGGCUGAUAUGUCCUGCAUGGCAAACGAAAGGGGAAUUUUCCCUUCCCUUUUCUAUCCUGGGCCUGCUAGUUUUGCCAAUGUAGACGAUGAUUUUGUGAUCAGGAAAUGCCUAUAACAAUAAGUUUACAUUCAACAAACGAAUGCUAUUGACAUCGCGAUAAUAUUUCUAAAUCCCCUAGGUUCAAAGCAACAUUCGGCAAAUCUGUGUUGACACCAGUGCGCAGGUCCGUUCGUCUGGAGCGCGUCAGUACCCAGCAUCCCUCAGUGCUUCAGGAACAUGAUCUCACUGUUAGAAAACUGGAAGAACUUCCGGAGAACGUUCAAAACAACCUACUGUUCAAACCAAACUUUGCUGUCAACGCUAAACUUAACGAGGCCUGGACGGAGUUGCAGCUUGACUUUAACCAAUAA